GCUUUGUUGUCGCGAAAAUGUCCAAUUAUAACACUUUCCAUCCCGAUUCAGAGGGAGGAGUGACUGCAGCCAUCAACGGCCAAGAAACCUCCACGCUGCUCGUAAAUUCCCAGAAUGAUAUACGCAGAAAACUUACCAGAUAUUUUAUAGAGUUCUUAGAAUGAAAUAAAGAGGAUUCAUUUGCGCUAAACAUUUAUCAAAAUUUAUCAAUCAGAGUUUUCUUUUUCCGAUCGAGAUAUUUAAGUGUUGUUCAUAGUGAGCUUUUCUGAUAAAAAUCUAUAAACUCCUCCCCUUUGGAAGCCCCGCCCCUAUCGAUUAUAUUCAAUAAAACUCAAACGAAUAUUUGAAAAUACAACACGAGAUCGAGCCAACGAAGCAGGCGGUGUUAUUCGAAACGCGCGCGUUUACAUUUCACUUUCGCUCUCGAUUGCGCCCGAGCGCGACUCCGGGAACUCUCGAGGCGGUCGAUAACGAAGAGAGUCUCACCUGUUGCAGACGUCAGUGACACCAGAAAGAUGAACACAAAUCGCCAGGAGCAGCAGAGCCAGGCUUCUUGGGUGCAGAUCGUGAUGAAUUUUGUGAUACACUCGCUCCUGCUCGUCCUCACGGCUUACGUGGUGUACGUGAGCUUCUCGCAGGGCGUUUUCCUCUUCUCCUGGCAUCCCGCCCUGAUGACUGUGGGGUACGUGAUCUUCAUGACGGAGGCGAUCCUCUCGUUUGCGGAGAACAAUCUCAUGGCGCGCAACAGGAACUUCAAGUGGCGUGUGAAACUCCACUGGAUUCUCCAGACCAUUGGCGGCGUCAGCAUCACAGUGGGCUUUGUGAUAAUCCUCACCAACAAAUUCGUCAACGACAAGCCCCACUUUCACACCACUCACGCGAUCGUGGGCCUCAUAACUGUGAUCCUCACCGUCCUGGUGGCUGCCGGUGGGAUCUGGACCAAGUACAGCUACGAUCUGCGGCAGUUCCUACGACCAGUGUACGCCAAGCUGAUCCACGCCAUCGGCGGCAGCGUUCUCUACAUCCUGGCGGUGACAACUCUGAUCCUGGGCAUGAACUCAGACUUCUUCCAGCGCUACAGCUUCUCCUGUGCCGAGUGGGUGGGCGGCUUCAUCCUCGUGCUCAGCGCAAUCUACGUCCUCAUCAAGCCCCUGACGACUUGCGUGGCCCGCUUCAAGACUGCCUUCAUGCGAGCGAGCCUCUGAAGAGGUGUUUGCAAUAUUUUGCACAGUACUGUUUAUGUUUGUUUUCCUUUGAGAGUGCAAUGUUGGCACCCAUGCGCGCUUUACAUUCAGAUCUUGGCGAUCUUGGCUGAUUUGAGAUAUUCAUGAACUUCAUGAAAUAUUGAAAAUUUUGUAUAAUUUUAUAGUUUUUGAUAAAUAUAGAAAAUGCAGGGAUAACAAUAGCAAA